ACUAUUUAAGUUCUCAGUUCUGCGGCCCACGCUGAUGAUGGUGGAAUACGGGUCGAUUGCUCGGGUUCGCUCAGGCAAUAAAUAUGCUGGCUGGUUGAUACCGCAUCGCGCAUUCACCGCUGUCUCUAAUUUCUGACCACGACCUAACCAUGACUCGGGUGCCUUCCACGAUUCCCAUCCCGUCUUCGAAAGCUUUGAAGGGACUACGUUCCAUGGUUCUCGCGCUCGUCUUUGCCACAGGUGUCGCGACUGGAGGUGUCGCCUUAAACUGUUUGAACAAAGCCAAAGACGAACAGGACCGUAUCAAUGAGAAUUUGCCCAACGAGGCGUGUAGGCAGGUCUUGUUUAUCCCCUGCACGUCGGUAAAUAUCGACGUCAAAGAUCUUGCCGGCUCCGCAAUAGUCGUUGUUCUCGGCGCUCUCUUAUCCGUUGUUGUCUCUGUUGUUUAUGCGCUGGUCCCCAUGCUUCAUACUUUCGCUCCCAGCUCUUCCAAGCUCAAAUUCCUCGAACCCCUCUCAUGGGCUUUCUGUACUGCUGUACUUUUGGGGGGUUUAAUACCCCUCACCGUAUUUUUCGCCACACGAAAAGCUGGUAUCACCGUGAUGCUAGGUGAUCUUGAAAUAUCAACUGUGAUUAUUGAUGAGCUUCUCGUCAUUCUGGGAGAAGAAACGACUUACAAACACAUUGGCUACCUGAAACCGUUGGUUAUCAUACCGUGGUUCACGAUGUUCUUUUCAGCCGUUGCGGCCGGAGUAAGCUGGGUAUAUCAUCGUCAACCCGCUAUGAAACAAGAUGGUCUGCUUGGUAACGGGGUGUAUAGACACCGGGAAAUGAGUGAGCCAAAGACCAUGAGGGUUGGUGCAUAAUCGAGUUUCGGAAGCUGCGAGUAGUGGACGUUGGCCGGGACCGCU